UUUUCAGAAUUUUUAUUGUACAAAUAUACGACAAAUUAAAAAUGAAUUAUUCCCCUUCAAACAAUCUUGGCUUUUACCAUGGAUUUGUUGCAUCCUUAUCAGUUGUAGUAGUGUCAGAACUUGGAGACAAAACAUGGUUUAUUGCUGCGAUUUUGGCAAUGCGCCAUUCAAGAUUGACCGUUUUUUCUGGUGCAAUAUCUGCGCUUGCUUUAAUGACUGUUCUUUCUGCUUGCCUGGGAUGGUUUGCGCAAUUAAUUCCUUAUUGGUUUACUUUCUACAUGUCUACAGCUCUCUUUGCUCUUUUUGGGUUAAAAAUGCUUUAUGAAGCUUGGCAUAUGUCUGCGGCUGAAAGCAAAGAGGUACAAGAAGAAGCCCAAGCUGAAAUUCAAAGAAAAGAAUUGGACAUGGAAUCAACAAAAUAUUCUUCUUUAGAAAUGGGAGGUGCUGAAGAUAAAAACCAGAGCUCUUCAGCGUGGCGCAUUAUUUCAUUUAUUUCAACUCUUUUUGUAAAAUCUUUUAUACUAACUUUUCUUGCCGAAUGGGGUGAUCGCUCUCAAUUAACUACAAUCAUUUUAGGAGCACGAGAGGAUGUUGUAGGAGUUAUUCUUGGUGGAAUUCUUGGUCAUACAAUUUGUACUGGAAUUGCUGUGCUAGGUGGACGAUUAUUAGCUCAACGGAUAUCUGUUCGGACUGUAACUCUAAUUGGCGGUAUUGUCUUUCUUCUUUUUGCUUUUUCUGCAUUUUUUGUUGGAGAUGCUAGCAGAUCAUCUUUGGGACUUGGUUCAAAUAAUAGUACAUCAUUUACUAAUAAUUUGGGAAGAUCAGAAAUUCAGGAAAGAAAAGCAAAGUAA